UAUAAAUCAAUUUAGAUAUGGUAAGGAAAAAAAGGUUACGUGAAACUGGGCCUAGAAAACACCCUCCCUGAGGGCACCACAGCGACCCAUCAUCAAAGAUCCCACAUCUCAAUAUGGUUCAUCCAACGCCUCACAUUUAAGCUGCAUGAAAAACGAGUAUUAUCUUGUCGCAUCCUUACCGAUCUUAUAUUAUAUCUACGUUACACGUACUUCUGCCACCACAACACACCACCGCUUCUCACUCUUCUUUUUAUUAUUAUUUUUUUUUCUAUCUCCCACCUGAGAAAAAAAAAAAAUCUCUUGCAUCAUGGAGGAGCUCUCAUGGCAGAAUAAUUGGCACCUUCAAACGGAAAUGGAUUGCCAGAACGAGUUCUUCCCUAUCAACGAUGACUGUGACGACGAUUUCUUCACCGACCUCAUCCCGCCCACGCCGUUCUCCUCCGAAAGCGAAAGCGAUCACUCCUUUCGCGCUUCCAACACUGUCCACAACACCUCGUUCCUCCCCGGCGCCGCCGUUAACGCCGCCGUUAACGCCGCCGUUAACGCCGUCGUCGCUUCCAAACGCUCCUCUCCCAGGACUUACAUUCUCUCCUUCGAUAGCUCAACGGUUGUACCCGCCACGCCCGAACCCUCCGUGCCUUCUUCCCCUUUACCUGCUAAACGGGCCCUCCACACUCUAAGCCCAACCGCCAGGCCCAAUCAAGGAUCUAAGAGAACCCGAACCUCUUCUCAGACCAUCGAUCAUAUCAUGGCCGAGAGAAAGAGGAGGCAAGAACUCACCGAGAGAUUCAUAGCGCUCUCCGCCACCAUCCCCGGCUUGAACAAGACGGACAAGGCUUCUGUGCUUCGAGCAGCGAUCGAUUAUGUGAAGCAACUCAAAGAGAAGGUGGAGGAACUGGAGAAGCAAAACAGAAAGAGUGUUGCAGAGACAGUAAUAUUGGUGAAUAAAACUGACUCAAAUGGAAAUGAAGACACCACCAACCCCACUGAAACCAACUGCAGCAUCCUCCCGGAGAUGGAAGCAAGAGUGUUGGGGAAGGAGGUGCUCAUUGAGAUUCACUGUGAGAAAGAAUAUGGUGUUGAGCUAAAAAUAUUGGACCAUCUUGAAAAUAUUCAUCUCUGUGUCACCGGUAGCAGUGUCUUGCCAUUUGGAAAUUCUGCUCUCUGCAUUACCAUCACAGCUCAGAUGGGUGAGGAGUAUGAGAUGACAGUAAAUGAUAUAGUGAAAAACCUGAAGCAAGUACUCUCAGAAGUUUCAUUUGGUAAGCGCAGUGAUCCGUACUAGUGUAUCAAACAAGGGAUUAUCAAACAAGGAAUUGUAGUGUGAAAUUGGAAUUUUUCCGUUUUGUCCGUUUUGUGGUGUCUGAGGUUUUAGCGCUGAUUAUAUAUAUCAUUAAGUUUUGUUUUGUUAUGUAUGAUGUUACUGUUUAUAAAGACAGAAAGAGAGAGAAAAAGUUGUGGUGUCUAUGAUUUUGGUCA